AUGACAUCUUCUUAUUUGGCGAAUGAGUGUCAUGUCGGUGAUAGAAUUCGCAUUUUUAUUCAUCGGUCUUCAUUCAAACCACCGAGAGAUCAAGCCACUCCGCUGAUACUUAUAGCGAAUGGUUCUGGGAUUGCUCCGUUUAUUGGAUUUUUAAAAGAGCGUGAGUUUAGAAAGAAUGCCAGAAGAACAAAGCCGGUCAAUAGUGGUGCCGUUGGCGAGGUGCUGCUUUUUUAUGGAUGCAGGUCAGAGGAUGAAGCGCCAUAUUUGUCCCUUUUAAAUUCGUAUGUUUGCAAUGGAACGAUAACGUCGUUUUUUCCUUGUUUUUCUCAAAAAAUUCCCAAAGAGUAUGUUCAGGAUAGACUGCUCAAGGAAUCGGAAAUGGUGUUACCCUUGCUAGAGAAAAACGCCCAUAUUCUGGUGAGUGGGGAUGCUGAAAGAAUGAGCAAAGCCGUGGCCGAAACAUGGAUCCAGAUGUUGCAAACACAUUUUAAACUGCAAAAGCAGGAUGCAACGGCAAGGUUUGAAUCGUUAAUUGGGGAGAAAAGGUACCUGGAAGACGUUUGGAGUUCCCAAUUGGGUGCUAAUAUUUAA